CAUUUAUAGGUUUCAAAAUCUAUACAAUUACCCGAAUCCUUAAUUGCUUUCUGUAGUAGUAGCUAGUAAUUUACUAAAUGAGCGUAAUUCCAUUCUAAUUGGCAAGUGAAUAAAAGAACCCAUAUUAGCAACGCUGCAAAUUUAAACGAUUCUAUAACAUGGAGAAACACCUUAAAAUACUUGGAACUUGUCUAAGCAAGAAAGACUCAGAAUAAUUGAAAGUGAAUGCUCAAAAAUUAGAAACAAAAACCUAUUUCAAUACAAACGAAACAAAAAAAGAACGCAUGAACAGUAAAUUGUUAAGUACAUUACGAGAAGGCAAUACUUAUUACAGUGCGACGUAGAUUGCAGUAAUGUUAAGACGUUAAUUGAUAUUGUACGCACACUCCAACAGCGUAUUAUGAACCUUCAGUCCAAAAAAAACCGCAAUAAUGCAACCAGCUCUAAUAAUAUCACAUUCAGCUCAUAAAAAGAAAAUAAAAUACCAAACAUGUCAAACACUACUAUUCUUAAUUUGCCAAAUCAUUGAAAACACAACAAUAUAUAUUCUAAUAUAGCAUUCAAUCGUGUACUAUAUGCAAAACAGGUCGUUGAUAUUAUACAUAAUAGAAUUGCGUUAAUCAUUCAAUUAUUGUUUUCGAUUUUACGGUACAUAAUGUGACAUGUCUAUCAAUUAUAUACUGUGUAUAUUUCAAUAUAUUUUGCAGACGCUACUCGAGGUUCCGAUACGCCAUUAUGAUUUUGCGCCUAGUGUAUAGUUUUUUAUUCUUAAGUUUAGUAACGGGAAACCAACGGAGUCACUAUGGAGGACCUCAGAAAGGGCGCCACUAUCCCGGACAACAAAUAAGCGGGUCUGUCCCCCCAAAAGUAGAAUCUAAAAACUUUGACGUAGAAUUCGUAUCCGAUGACAGUCCGGUACCAAGACCAGUACAAAUUGUAAAUGAAGAAACUUACACAGAAAAAACUAUAUGCUUUACGCCAAGCAUGGUGCAUAGAAUGGUAAAGGCAGCACUCGAAUACGUAAGCCAAAUACCUUCAGAUUCAGUGGGGAACAUUAUAGAUAAACUGGACCAAGAACUCAAUAGAAUGUCAGACUCGGAUUCUCCUGAGGAACAAUUGGCUAAGAAACCAUUAUAUCCUCUUGAUUCCAAAAACAUAUUCCAAAUGUUAGACAAACCGAGAGCUGAAUCUCGAACUAAUUUAAUACUUCAAUAUGAAAUGCCAGGUGCACAGGAACCUCAAUGUAGGGAAGCAUUAGAAAAACUAAUUGAAAUCGCAUACAAUGCUUACUUGGAGUUAGAGCAACAACCACAAUGUAGAGAAUAUUUAUACAGAUUUGCUAGUCAGCAUUCAGAAGAUCGACCAAAAGGUCAUCUAGAGUAUGGGCCUGACUUAAAAUCAGUAAUAGCUACGAUUCUGGAGCAAAUAGAACAAAACAAGGCCAAGAAUUCUCCAGACUACCCACAUGCUGAUUAUUACUCACAAUUGAACGGUUACGAAGUACCGUCGAUACCGGAAUUACCUAUACCAACAAUUCAUGAGAUCGUGAAACCUCAGAUACCACAAAUACACGAUAUCAAUAUACCUCAAAUUCAUGAAGUAAAUAUUCCACAAUACCAUGACAUAACCGAAAUUCGUGAAAUAAAAAUCCCACAAAUUCAUGAAAUUAAAGUUCCCCAAAUACAUGAGAUAAAUAUUCCACAAUAUCACGACAUAACUGAAAUUCACGAUAUUCAACUACCUAAAAUUAAAAUACCUUACGAAAUGAACCAUCCACAAUAUCACGAUAGAACCGAUAUUCUUGACAUUAAAAUACCAAAUAACCAUGAUAUUAAAUUCCCUCAGAUUCAUGAACUUAAUGUCCCACAAUAUCACGACGUAACUGAAAUUCAUGACAUAAAACUGCCAAAAAUUAAAAUUCCUCAAAUUCAUGACAUCAAUAUUCCGCAAUAUCAUGAUAUAACCGAAAUUCGUGAUAUCAAAAUACCACAGACUUAUGAAAUAAAUCAUCCACAAUAUCACGAUAGAACAGAUAUUCUUGACAUUAAAAUACCAAAUAACCAUGAUAUUAAAUUUCCUCAAAUUCAUGAAAUUCCACAAUAUCACGAUAUAACUGAAAUACACGAUAUCAAAUUACCAAAACUUAAAAUUCCUCAAAUCAAUCAUCCAUACCAUGACAGAACCAAUUUACUCGAUAUUAAGAUACCUCAAAUUCAUGACUUAAAUAUUCCACAAUAUCAUGAUAUAACCAAAAUACGCGAAUAUACCAUACCACAAAUACAGGAAAUUCCGCAAAUCCUUGAGUACAAUAUUCCUCAAAUAAACGAAUAUGUAGAUGAAACGGGACCAUCGAGACCUUUACAACCUGAAGAAACUGUUAAGGUUAUUGUAGAAAUGUUACAAAACGAAGAUACCAGUGAUCUGUUCGAUCGACUGAUGCGUGUUAUUGAAGAAAACAGGCAUAACUUCCACCCACAAGUAUUUGACAUCUUGUUAACUCUUCUGACGAUACGCAAGGAAAGACAUGUUCCGAGAUUCCGCGACUUAGUUAUUUUCUUACUCGAUUCCGAGCGAAACAAACAAUGGCCUUGGAGUGAAACCGUAACAGAACAUGUCCUAGAAUAUUUGUUACCAGAUAAAAAUGGACAUCUAGAUUCUAAACUAGUUGACAUUAUACUGAACUUGUAUCAUAGCCCCACUAAUGAUAAUCAAAUUGAAUUCAUUUUGUCUUUAUUAAGACCAAUUAAAGAAGGAAACAUAGAUUCGAAAACCUAUGAAAUUAUAUUAAGGUUAAUAAAAUCCUAUCAAAAUGAUUUGUUGAAACCAGACCAAAUUGAAGUUCUACUGAACAUUUUGAGUCCGCACAGUGAUAACAUCAUAGAAUUUGAAGUAAUUGAUCAAUUGUUGAAAUAUAAAGAAUUAGGAAUCACGCCUGAACAUGUGGAUAUUUUACUUCAAAUACUGAAACCAGGUCCAAACAGGCCACAAAACAUUAAUUUUAUUCUUUUCCUGUUGAAAGAAGUUAAGCACACGAUGCCUUACCACUUAGGGGAACUUAUAUCGUUCCUGUUUAAUGAGAGUGGAAUAUUAGAUAAGAGACGUAUUGGCCUGCUUUACAUUAUAGUACACGAAUACCCGAACAGUCCUGACAAAGCAGAAGCUCUACUUAACCUAUUAAAAAUACCUUCCGUACUUGACUCAAGAUUUGUUGACAUUAUGCUGCUACUUAACAGCUACAAUUUGCUUUCAGUUGAACUAUUUGAUACCCUCCUCAAUUUGUUGAAUGAUGAGGUUAAUGGUCAAAUAAACGACCACAGAGUCAAAACAUUAAUUAUGCAGUUGGGACCACUAAAGCAGUCGUUCCCGACACUUUCAGUUGACAUAUUAAGUCUUCUGAGUCAAGGAGGAUACCCAGGUCCAGAUUCUGUGGUCGAAUGGCUUGAAAAUGCAUCACCUAACCAUGAAGAACCUUAUUCCAAUAUAAAAGCUCUGCUUGAUAAAGUUGAGACUUUAAAAGAUAGACUAAUACACGACAACCUUGGUCCCGAUAACGAGUUUCGAACAACGGAUGAUGGGUUUUCCGUGCCAGGUUCCCCUGACAAUGAUUUCUUUGUUAUUUUCAAAUGGUUGGAGAGCCAAGGGUUGCUGAAUCCAGAUCAAGGUGGAGCUAACAAUGAUUUGGUAAACAAAUUGUUGAAAAUAUUAGAAAUGGGUGAACGCGAACUUGGAGUAGUUGAAUUAACUUACAUGUUGAAGCAUGAGAAACCUCUCGUCUACCAGCCCGUGUACUAUGUGAAAUACAGACUCCCGAUACUGAGUUUCAUAUCAAACAUGAAGAGUUUGUUAGUUGAAAACCCACAUUUAACAGCUGAUCCAUUAAAACUGUUACAAGAACUAAUAGUUAUUUCAAAUGUAACAGAAGUAUCUCCAAACUUGCAAGGUUACCCGAAGGAUGAAAUAUUAAAACUAACAUUCAACGAUGGUGACUUAGUUCAAGCGAAGAUUUUGGACGAGCAAAACCUGAAUUUGAACGAACAGAUAACGUACGUUCAUGGUUUGAAUGCUGAUAUAUCGCCGGAAGAGAUAUUGCAACUGAAUAAGAUUAAUGAGGCGAAGUACUACCCGAAUGUUCUGCACAUCAAGGAGACGUUCCCGGAGAAGGUGACGGUGCACGAGAUUAAUAAAUACGUGGAGUACCCCCCGGUGCACUACCAGAGAACGAAGGAAGUCAGCGAAACUGACCCAGCACUGCCAGCGCCAAAACUGACGCCCUUCGAGAAACCUGUAGACGACAAAGCCUCACAACCCAACAACGUUAAAGCCUGAUGACCGAAAUAGAAAAAUUCUUGAUAAUUGUUUUUAUUAAAAAAUAAAAAUUAAGACCGACUCUGUAGUUUUAAUACUCAAUGUACAGGAUGUAAUGAGAAACGAAAACGGUUACGUUUGAAUAUUUCCUACGCCCAUAGAAAUGAUAAAUGUUCGUCAUAGAAGUGAUGAUUAAAAUUGACCUUAAUAUGUAAUCAUUUUGCUCAAAAUCUAUACAAAAUUAUUUUCGUCUAAUAAUAAUUUUGUAUCAACGUUAAAAGAAUUUUUCUGCUUCUUCAAAAGAAGUUGUUUAUUUUUAGGAUAUUACAAAUGUGCCUACGAAUUUCAGUUACGUUUUG